AAAAUUGUUAAGAAAAGAGCAGGUUAAAAUAGUCUAAAAAGUUAAAAUGGGAGAAGCAACAAAGGGAAAAGUGUAUGAUAAAAUGUCAACAAUAUCAGGAAUUAAAUCAAAUAUAUAUCUUUUGGAGGAGGCGGUAGAGCAAUAUGAGCCAUAUUUGAUAUCAAAAGUUUUACGAGGAACGUUUUUUCUGAGAAAACAUUUAACAGGGGAGAUUCUUAAGGAAAUAAUAAGGAAUGUGUAUAAGGGUAGAGAGAGGACUAGGGAUUAUCUGUUAAAUGUGAUAAAAAUGGAAACGAAUGAGAUGGAAUCGAGUAAUAUAAGGGAAAAAAGUAAAGAAAUAUCAGCGGAAGUUGAUAUAUAUAUACAUUUAAUUAUACAAAUAUAUUUAUUGGAUAUAAAAGAAUAUGAGAAAGGAGCGAUUUUUUCUCAAGAACUUGUUGAAAAGCUUCAAACAGUUAAUCGACGAUCAUUGGAUAAGAUUUCAGCAAAAAUAUAUUUUUAUUAUUCAUAUUUUUGGGAAAUGCAAGGAAAGCUCUCAGAAAUCAGACCGGUUAUUUUAAAAGUUCAAAGAACAGCAACAUUACGUCAUGAUAAUGAGACUACUUCAAUGAUAAUUAUUCUUUUGCUUCGUAAUUAUCUUCAUUAUAAUUUGUAUAAUCAAGCAGAUCGUUUAGUAUCAAAAAUAAGCUUUCCAGAAACAGCGACGAAUAAUCUUAUUGCAAGAUAUUUGUAUUAUUUAGGGAGAAUUAGAGCGAUUCAAUUAGAUUAUACAUCAGCACAUUCUCAUCUUACAAAUGCAAUUCGAAAAGCACCUCAAGGAGCAAAGGCAGCUGGCUUUCUUCAAGCAGCACACAAAUUGAACAUCAUUGUAGACUUAUUAAUGGGUGGUAUUCCUGAAAGAUCUAUUUUUCGGCAACCUAUGCUAGAAAAAGCACUUGUUCCAUAUUUACAGAUCGUUCAAGCUGUAAGAAAAGGCGAUAUUACCCUUUUUACUGAAGCUUUCAAUAAACAUGGCAAUAAAUUUCGUUUAGAUGGUACAUCUAGUCUUAUAUUAAGAUUACGACAAAAUGUACUCAGAACUGGUAUACGAAUGAUGUCAAUCAGUUACUCACGAAUAUCUUUGCGUGAUAUAUGUUUAAAAUUACAUCUAGACUCUGAAGAAUCGGCUGAAUAUAUGGUUGCAAAAGCCAUUCGUGACGGGGUCGUCGAAGCAAGUUUAGAACAUGAAAAAGGAUACAUGCAAAGCAAAAAAAUUCCUGAUAUUUAUUCAACUCAUGAACCACAAAUCGCUUUUCAUGAUCGAAUUCUAUUCUGUUUAAAUCUUCAUUCUUCUAAUAUCAAGGCAAUGCGUUUUCCUAUCAACAUUCACAAACAUGAAAUUGAAAAUGCUGAAUCUGCACGCAAACGUAUCGAAAAUCAAAUCGUUGAUGCUGAAGAUGAUUUUCUUGAUUGAUUAUCUUUUUCACUUUAUUCAUAUUACUACAUACACUCUAUCUC